CGGAAAAUCAAAUUGUUCAGAAAAAAAUUGAAAACCAAAAAAAAAAAUCACUUUGUUCAAGAUUUACGAAUGUGAGUAGUGUUAUCAACAAAAUAAUUAAACAUGAUAUCAUUUGGAAUAAUGACGGCAUUACUCGUGGCGAUGGCAUGCGUAGUGCACUAUGACCUAUUGGGCUUGUUUCGGAUUCAUCCAUACCGACAGCGCAUCGUGUACACUGACAACGAACAACACCAACACCGGCCCACGUCCGAGUUCGACCACCUGUGGAUACCGAGACCCGGCACGGACCCGACCAUAUCCUAUUCGCUGUUGCAGCCGAUCAUCUUGCACGAUCAUGGUGGCGACGGCGAUGACUACUGGACGGACUCGGACGACAAUUAUUAUGACGACGGCACCCAUAGUAAUCGUGAAAUCACUGGUAAUAGGCAUUCCGACGACCAGGUCCAUCGACACUGGCCUGCACCAGAUACCGAAGUUGCAGACAGAGUUCUCGCGACUAGCACGACCGAGGUACCGAAUGUCCUCGACGACGCCGAAGACGACGACAACGAUUACGUCGCUCCCGGACAAGAGUGGGACGGUGACAUUUUUUGACGUAUUUCCACAGCAGAUGUGAGAAAUAUUCAUGAUUCACACUGACGUUCCUAUACAUCGCUAUAAUUUAUUAAUAUCGAUCGAGUGGUUUUUAAUGCAUAUAGGUUAGUUGUAAAACAUAUAUUUGUAAUCCCUAUAGAAGAUACGAGAUAAAGUGCGAAUAUUGAUCUUAAAGUAUUUUCCGCACAUUUUAUGUUUUAUGUACACAUAUUAUAUUAUAAUAAUUGUAUAUUGUCUACUCGUACCGCUUAUUUUUAUAAUACUUAUUAAUUAUAAUAAAAUACAUAGGUAUAAUAUAUUAUUAUAUUAAGUAAGACAAGUAUAGGUUAUUAGGCGAGUUACUAUAUUUAUAAACGUAUUCAAUAUUCAUAUAUAUAUUUUGACUAUUGAGUUCCGGUUAAUGUGAUCACUGGUUUAUAAAAUCAACCAUUUAUUUGAAUCAAAAUUGAAAAUUCCAAACCAGAUCUUAUUAUUAUGUUACUAAUGUUAAAUUAAUCUUUUAUUAGAAUCACAAAGUAAUGGAUAUUUGAAUCAUUUUUAAGAACAUUCUUCUCGUUUUAAUGGUAUUUCAAACUUUCACUAAAAAGAAACAAGAAUUGUUUUGAAAAAGUUAAAAGGAGCUAUUCAAAAAUAUAGCUAUUUAAAAUAAAUAACGAUAAUUUUCAG